ACAAGCUAGCCAUGAAUAUCAACUUUCUGUGUAUGUUCUUAAGCGUUCAAGUAAUUCUAGCUUGGGGAAAAGAAUCGUUGUGUUCCUUUAACAGAAAAUGCGAAUGUUUUGAAGUUGGACGACGACUUUACGUGAAAUGCGAGCGCAUAACCAGGUUCAGCUAUUUGCUUGAUCUUUUUAGCGAGAAUCGUUUCUCCAGACCAGUGUCUGUCUUCACCGUCAAGAAAUGCGAAGCGCAAUCCUUUCCGAAUGUUUUUUCGAAAGUAGCCAUCCAAGAGAUUCGCUCCAAUUGCCCUAUUAAAGCAAUUGAAAAGGGGGCGCUCUCCUCAAUCGAAUCCUUGAAAGUUCUGAAACUGCACUUGACAGAAUUCCAGAAAAUUCCGAAAGCGAUUAGCAAGUUGAAAAACUUGAAAGACUUGACCAUAAAUGAUGGAAAGCUGACAGCAGUUGAUGCGGAGUUGCAAGAUAUGGCCAGCCUAAUAAAACUACAGCUCAAACGAAAUGAUAUCCGCCAAAUAUCUUAUGAAGCUUUUUCUUGGAAUUCGAAAAUCAAAUCAAUUGAUUUAUCAUAUAAUAAGCUGGUCUUCCUGUAUCCAGGAAUGUUCGAUAAUUGUGAAAAUUUAAUGAAGGUUGAUUUAAGAAACAAUUACCUGAGCUCGAUUGAUGAACUAUUCACUGUUCCUAGUUUACAAGAAGUCAAUGUAAGAGACAAUCACAUCGAAUGCAUAGAUGAUGCCUUCCAGCAUGAAUCGAAUCUCCAGAUUUUAGAUGUGGGAAGAAAUCCUCUAAAUGAAAUAAGCGAAACGGCUUUCAGUUCGAAAAUGAGAAAACUUCGCAUUCUCAUUCUGGAUAGCUGCGACCUUGCCUUUCUUCCAUUCACAGUCUUCAACUCCCUGACCAAACUGGAAAAAAUUGACCUGAGUUUCAAUAAGCUGGAGUCAUUACCUUAUGAAAUAUUCCACAGCCUGAGCAAUCUCAUCAAAGUGAAUUUGAAAGGAAAUCGGAUAUCACACUUAGGCGAUGUUUUCAAGAGCAAUCAUCGUCUGGCAAGCCUCAUUCUGUCUAACAAUUACCUGCAAUCAUGUGAAGGAAUCUUUUAUGGUCUAUAUAAUCUGAAGACUCUUGAUUUGAGAGAUAAUCAGUUGAAAGUUGUCACCAAGGCAUGUUUUUCCUCUACUUUAAAAAUGAUCUCUACACUGCAGUUGAGCAAAAACCGUAUUUACAGAAUUGAUGCAGAGUCUUUUACCAACUUGAAGUUCUUGAAGAACUUAAGCCUGGAUCACAACAAACUGGCAUAUCUGAAUGGUUGUGUGAAAAACAUGUCUGAACUGGAAGGUUUGCUCUUGGAUCACAAUAUGCUGAGAGAGGUGAGGGAAUCCGAAUUGCAGAAUUUGCCGAAAUUGAAGCGACUUAAUUUAGGUAACAACCGCCUUUCCACUGUUACCAGAGCAUUCAGAAACCUCGCCAGUUUGGAAUCUUUGACGAUUUCUAAGAAUAAAUUAACCACAUUAACCAGAAGCACAUUUCCUGCCCACUUUGCAGUAAAGAAAAUAUUUCUGUCAGGAAAUAAAUGGGUCUGCGACUGCCGAUUGAUCUGGAUCUUGAAAUUGGAAACACCGACUGAUCUGGCCAAUCGAAUUAUAUGUUCAACACCUCAAAGACUUGUUAAGAAAAAGUUGAGCCAGCUAACACCUUUUGAUCUCAUGACAUGGAACGAACAUUUUUUGAGUUUGAGUUUGAUGUUUAUGGCGCAAGAGCCAGGAACUUUAUGUUCAACCAAUAAGGUUUGUGAAUGCAGUCGAAAGGCACAUAAGAUCUUUGUCAACUGCCAGCGUGUGACCAACAUGAAAGACGUUCAAGCUGUAUUCAGCAAAGAUCUGGAUUUCAAGCCAGUUUCGAUUCUCAGAUUAAAAAGAUGCAAAUCGAGAUUUCUCUCCGAUCCAGUUCUCUGGAACACCACCAUCAAGAUUAUCCGCAGUCACUGUCCCUUCGAACGAAUGGCAGAUCAUGCUUUAUCACAUGAAUUAUACCUUAAAGAAAACAACCUGAAAUCAAUAGACGAUGCAUUUCAGCGAGAUAUAAAGUUAGAAAUCCUGGAUCUGAAUUCAAAUCCUUUAAAACAGAUAAGUAACUCUGCUUUCAACACACACGUCAAACAGCUGCGCAUUCUCAUUUUAUCUAGGUGCGAGCUGACGUUCCUUCUUCCUACGGUUUUUCGGUCUCUUUCCAAAUUAGAGAAGCUUGAUUUGAGUUUCAAUCAUUUAGAAUCCCUUCCUGUUGAAAUCUUCCACGGCCUCUACGAUCUCAUUGAAGUUGACCUCAAAGAAAACCAGAUGACAUAUCUCGGUGAAGUGUUUAGCUAUAAUUACCGCUUAGAGAGUAUAAUGCUCUCGAGUAACAAUCUACAUAGCGUUGAAAAUAUUUUCCAUGGAUUAGGAUAUCUGAAAAGCCUUGAUCUGAGAUACAACAAACUAAGAGUUAUAACCGAAACAGAUUUUUCAACAACUCUUUCUAUGCAGUCUCUCCAGCUAACCAAAAACAGCAUUUACCGAAUCGAUUCCAAUGCUUUUCUAAACUUGGCGGAAUUAAGGAAUUUAUCUCUAGACUACAACAAACUGAUGGUUCUGAAUGGAUCACUAAGGAACACUCCCGAAUUGCAAACUUUGUCGCUGCAUCACAAUCGACUGCAGGUCAUAGACGCUUCAGAAAUGUCUAAUCUGAAGAAGCUAAAAAUACUUAACUUGAGUUAUAACAACCUCACGAAUGUCCACAAAGCUUUCGAAAAUUUGGCUCAGUUAGAGUUUCUGAAUAUGAACAAUAAUAAGCUAACUACGAUAUCCAGAAGCACUUUUCCUCCAAGAAUCAGUAUAAAAAAGUUAUUCGUUGGAGCUAAUAGGUGGAUAUGCGACUGCAGGCUGUUGUGGUUGCUGGAGAACGAAGGGAGAACGAGCGCCAAAUUUGCCAAUCGAUUUAAAUGCAUCACUCCUGAAAAGUUCUUCAAGAAGAAAGUAAGUCACCUGACGACUAAGAAUCUCACCGUGUGGACCGAGAGAUGCGGCAGCAAAUGCCAGUGCACCUGUGUACCGCAAGAGGACAAGUGUUUCGUUAGAGUAGAUUGCUCGAGCCGUAAUUUGACACAGGUCCCAGCUGUUUUACCGGAAGAAAUUGGGGAGUUACAUUUGCAGAACAAUUUGCUCAGCAAUCCGAUCAAUCUCAACAUACAUUCAUUGUCUCGCCUUAGAUAUUUAGACGUGGAACAGAAUUUCCUCACCAAGAUUGAUUUCUACCUGCCCAAGAAUCUAAAAACGCUGAAAUUAGCCAGGAAUAAACUCGUGCGUUUUAUAUCCUAUUUCCCGUCGAGUAUAUUGACAUGGACACUUUCAGGCAACCCGUGGAUCUGUGACUGCGAGACGAUCCAGUUCUGGAAGUUCUUAACAACUGAGAGUAAAAAGAUUCUGGAUGUUAACACAACUAAGUGCAGCCAAACUGAAGGGAAACCUGAUCUUUAUGGAAAAAUUAUUUGUGAACUGACUGAACACGAGCUUUGCCCUGAGAAAUUGAGACUCUAUAUACUACUGGGAGUAGGUCUGUCUGUUCUGACUCUAACAGCUAUUGGCUGCCAUAUCGUCUACACCCGCUACCGCUAUCAUCUGAAAGUGUGGCUCUAUUCAAGGGGAUUCAGUUUCCUGAAGAAGAGAGACGAUAGGGAUGCAGGAAAGAAGCACGAUGCCUAUAUAUGCUUCAGUGACAAGGAUUUGGAAUUCGUAAGGGAACAUAUCAUACCAGAACUUGAAGAAAAGGAACCGUUCUAUUCGUUGUUUGUACCUCCCAGAGACAUGCAGGCAGGCAAAUUCGAACUAGAUCACCAGCUAGAGGAAGUGAGGAAUAGCAAGAGAAUCAUAAUUGUUCUCUCUCAGAACUUCAUCGAAAGCGAGUUGUGCAUGGAAAUAUUUCGUGUUGCUUUCGCAUCCGGUCUGGAAGAAAAACAUUACCGAAUCAUUCCGAUGGUCGUCUCAACACUGCCGCCUCUAUCGGAGCUCGACCCUUCCUUGAAGGUGGCGCUCGAAUCGACCAAGUGUCUUAAAUUCGGACAGAAACUAUUAUGGGAAAUGGUGAGAUUCGCCAUGCCAGAUAAAUCUCGCAUGGCAGAAGCAUCAGGAACUGAUGAUGACAUAGAUAUGCCUUUACUCAAUGCGUGGUAGAUGUGUAAAAUUUGAUUGCAGGUUUUCAAAAAUGAUUCCCGUAAUUUUGAUUGCUUAUAAUUCUUUAAUAUACUCACGAACCUCAUUUUAAACUCAAACACACAGAAGUUCAUAACAAUACAUCAAUUUCUGUGAAAGAAACUCAGUACGGGCUGUU